AUGACUUUCAAUCUGAUUCAUAUUGAGAGUAUCAGUGAUGCUAGUCUGCUAAACGUAACCGGUUCGGUUCCUUUCAGGAUGCAAAACCAAUUCCCCCUUACUCCGAAGAAUUCAACGGUUGAUCUCCCCAAAGCAUUCGAGAUAUCUGGGGUUACUAUUUAUUCGAUGCAAGAGACGUAUUUUUCUCAGGGAUUUUUCAUGUUUAAUCGUACUAUCAGCCAAAACUUGAAAAAAAAUGGCAUUUCUUGGGUUAGAAGACUCUCAAGUCAGCCAAAGGCAAAAUCCCGCUCAUUUAGAGGCCACAAAGUGGGAUUUGUAGUGGUUGGUGUCACAGGAGGACUAUAUUUUGCAAAUGAUUCAUUCAGGAACGGUGUCAAUCACUUGGUGUUAACUGGAGAAAGGGUAGGUGUAGUAACUCUUGCUACCAUGAAAUGUUUCAAGUACUACUCCACUGUGCUGACAAAGAACUUUGAUUCCAAGGAAGAAUAUUACAAGGAGUUGGAUGAGACCCACAAAAGGGCAGCUUUGGUCACUUUAGAUGCAUUAAGGACCAACGGGGGAAUUUAUAUCAAACUAGGUCAGCAUGUUAGUGCUAUGACAUACUUACUACCAAAGGAAUGGACUGAGACGAUGAUUCCACUACAAGAUGAAUGUCCAAAGUCUUCCUUGACCGAUAUUAAGGCAAUGUUUGAAAAAGAUACAGGUGAGAAAUUUGAUGAAGUGUUCAGCUCUAUAGAUGAAGAGCCUAUAGGAGUAGCAUCUUUGGCACAAGUGCACAUUGGUACUCUAAGAAAUUCCGAAGAAAAAGUGGCCAUAAAAUUUCAACACCCUUCCUUACAGGAGUUUGUUCCAUUAGACAUCCUAUUGACAAAGACUGUUUUUGAUCUCAUGGCAAAGGUUUUUCCUGAUUAUUCGUUGACAUGGUUGAGUGAUGAGCUGCAAAGUUCCAUUUAUGUCGAGUUAGAUUUCCAGAAUGAGGCAAAAAAUGCUAUCAAGACAGCUGAAUAUUUCAAGAAGUUUCAAAAGCAAACUGCGCUCAGGAUUCCAAAAGUCAUUGAAGCUCACAAAAGAGUUUUGAUACUAGAGUACGUUCCUGGAGGGCGUUUAGAUGACUUGAAGUUUAUAGACUCUCACAACAUCAGUCGGAGUGAGGUGUCUAGUUGUCUCUCUCAUACUUUCAACAAUAUGAUUUUUACACCAGACGUUUCAUUGCACUGUGAUCCUCACGGAGGUAACCUUGCGAUCAGACCUUUGGAUCACAAAAAGAACGGUCACAACUUUGAAAUUGUUCUCUAUGAUCACGGACUGUACAGAGAUAUUCCACUACAAAUGAAGAGGGAUUACGCUCAUUUCUGGCUCGCAAUGCUGGACAAUGAUACCACAAAGAUGAAAGUUUAUGCCAAACGCGUUGCUGGAAUUACGGACAAACAAUUUCCUUUAUUUGCAGCUGCCAUCACCGGAAGAGAUAUAGAUCAUGCGCUAUCAGGAAAAGUCCACACGCAAAGGGAAGACUCUGAAAUCGAUAGGAUGCACCAAGCAUUAUUGAGCGAAGGACUGGUGUAUGACUUAAUGGGUCUUCUUAGCCAUAUUCCAAGAAUUGUACUGCUGAUCUUGAAAACCAACGAUUUAACUAGGUUUUUGGAUGAAGCAUUGCAGAAUCCCUUGGGACUACAGAGAACGUUUUUGAUUUUGGCAAGCUACUGUGCCAAAACAGUCUAUUACGAGCAAAAGGAGGAUUCUCAAAAACUAAGAGGACUUAGUUGGCUUCGUUCUACUAUUAGCCUUAACUUUGCGUAUUAUAAAAGGGUUAGCCAGCUCUGGAUUUAUGAUCUUCUGGUACUAGUGCGAGGGCAUAUCUGA